GACUCCGACCUUCGCCGCCGCCGCCUGGCCCGUCUCUUGAUCGGAGCCGGACUGACGGAAUCGGUAGAUUGAUUCGCGUGUGCUAGAUCCAGGCCGCGUCUUCAUCAAAAGGCCGAUUGUCCCCCGACUAGGGUUUGAAAGGGUAGAGCAGCAGGGUCAGAUUCAGGCAAUGGAAAACCACCACGACUCCCUCGCCGACGGCUGUCCCGGGAUUUCAUACUGAGGCACGAGGAGGCGCGGAUGCGAGCCGCGGAGGCCAAGGCCGCGCUAAACAGGGAUCACUGGGAGUGGGACGACGACGGUGCAUAUGCCGUCAUCGAUCCGGCCUCCUUGAAGGCCAUGGUGGCCAUGGAGACGCCGAAGGUGGGCGAGACGAGGGAGCAGGGCUGCGCGGUGUGCCUCGAGGGUUUCGUGGCCGGUGGCAAGAAGCUGAGGAUGAUGCCCUGUUCCCACUCCUUCCACCAGAGAUGCAUCUUCGACCUGCUCCUCCGUAGCCGAUUCUGCCCGGUCUGCCGUUUCGAGAUGCCCCCCAGGUCCGCCGACGAGCCGGAGCCGGUGGCUGAGAAAACCGCUACUACAUCUGAACGAGUUGGCAGCAACUGAGCUGAAGAAUGUCCAUCGAUUGAGUGAGUCACUCUGCUUGCAGCCGUCCCUGUUUUAUGUUCGUCUGAAUAUCUGAUUACCGAUCACAAGCAGUGUAAUUUUGUUCAAAAUUACUCUCCUCAAUGUUUAUCAAAACUACCACUUCCUAUCAUAACUUCUAAUGGUGGAAACAAUCUCA